AUGUCGUGGCUUUUGAGCUUGGUCUUCAGCGUGGCCGCUGCCAGCAACAUCGAGGUGACAUCGAACGACUAUGCCUUUACCUUGGUGAACACCUUGACAGGCAAGGGAGCCUGUUGGGGUGAUAGCCGCUUCGGUGGCAACUGCAGCUCGGUUGACUUCUCCAAUGUGCAGCAGGUGAAAGCCAACGCCUUCGCCUUCCUUGCGCUCAGCAGCGCGGGCGGCGAGUGCUGGGGAUCAGACGACAAUGGAGGCGCAUGCUCCGGCCUAGACCUCUCCGGGAUCACGGACGUGGCAGCCACCGACUACAGCUUCGCGGCACUGGAUGCUGUGAAUGGACGAGGACUCUGCUGGGGUUCCACGGCCUACGGGGGCGAGUGCACUGGCGUGGACUUCUCCCAGGUCAGCAAGAUUGACGGGAAUCUCUUGGCCUUCGUUGCGAUUGGCGGCAGCUCUGGGCAGUGUUGGGGUCACAGCUCUUUUGGCGGUGACUGCAGCACGGUGGAUUUCUCUGGCGUCACCGAGGUGGUGGCAGGAGACUACGCCUUCGUAGCCUUGAACAAGGCUGCCGGCACCAUUCAGUGCUGGGGCUUCGGCCUCUACGGAGGUGAUUGCAGUUCGGUCAGCUUGACGGGCAUCACAGACGUGUACACCAACGGCCAGGCCUUUGUGGCGCUCAACCGCAACAGCGGCCGGGGGGAGUGUUGGGGUAACAGCCAAGCCGGUGGCGACUGCAGCAGCAUCGACUUCCAGGGAGAGGUGCAGAUCUACUCCACGGACUCCGCCUUCUUGGCCUUGAGAAGUGGCAGCGGCCAAUGCUGGGGUAAUCCGGACAAUGGAGGCGACUGCAGCAAUGUUUUCUUCACCAGCAAUUCCCAGAUCUACCACACCAGUGCGGCCUUUGUGGCCCUGGAUGCAGUAAACGGCCUGGCGAGGUGCUGGGGCCACGCGUCCUUCGGAGGCGAUUGUUCAGGCAUUUCCUUCGAGGGCUUCACCAGUGUGUAUGCCACCGGCUAUGCCUUCAUGGCUAUGAAUCCUGUCACCGGCGUCGCCCGGUGUUGGGGCUCCGCGGGGUUCGGCGGAGAGUGCAGUGGUGAUUUCACAGGUUUCCAGGUUUACUCCAACGAGUUCGCCUUUGUGGCAGUGAGCGGAGAGGAAGUGCGCGCUUGGGGCAGCAGUGCCCAAGGAGGCGACGCAAGCAAUGUGAACUUUGCGCCACUGCUGGAAAUGCCGACAACAGUGACGGAAACCACCGCCACUGCGACUGCCACGGCGACCACGGCCACCGCCACUAGCACUGUGACCACCACGACGCUGUCGACAACAAGAACUGCCACCAGCACGGUGACCAGCACGACGCUGUCAACCACCACCGUGACCACGGUCACCGCCACUAGCACGUUGACCAGCACGACGCUGUCGACCACGACAGUGACAACAGGAACUGCCACCAGCACCAUGACAAGUACGACGCUGUCAACCACCACCGUGACCACGGUCACCGCCACUAGCACGUUGACCAGCACGACGUUGUCCACCACAACGGUGACAACAGGCACUGCCACCAGCACGGUGACCAGUACGACGCUGUCGACCACGACAGUGACCACGGCCACUGCAACCAGCACAGUUACCAGUACGACGCUGUCCACCACGACAGUGACCACGGCUACUGUCACCAGCACGGUGACCAGUACGACGCUGUCGACCACGACAGUGACCACGGCCACUGCCACUAGCACAGUGACAAGUACGACGCUGUCAACCACCACAGUGACCACGGCAACUGCCACCAGUACAGAGACCAGCACGACGCUGUCCACCACCACGGUGACCACAGCCACUGCCACCAGCACGGUGACCAGCACGACGCUGUCCACCACAACGGUGACCACGGCCACCGCGACCAGCACAGUGACUAGUACGACGCUGUCGACCACGACAGUGACCACGGCCACUGCCACCACCACAGAGACCAGUACGACGCUGUCCACGACCACUGUGACGACGGCCACUGCCACCAGCACGGUGACCACGGCCACUGCCACCACCACAGAGACCGGUACGACGCUGUCCACGACCACGGUGACCACAGCCACUGCCACGAGAACGGUGACCGCUACAACUCUGUCCACCACGACGGUGACCACGGCCACGGACACUAGCAUCACAACGCUGUCAACGACAGUGUUGACGACCGCCGCGACCAUUCCCAGUGCCGCAACGACUGAAGCACCUCCAAGCUACUUGUGA